AACGCUGCCUCUAUUCUCCUCAACCAGUAGGCUACGCUACCCGAAAAUUUCCACAACACAAGCUUUGCAGGAGAGCGGCACAAGAUCGGCCGCUUCGUGCAGUGAUGCAGCAGCCCACACCAAAGAAACCCUGAUCGCACCGCGGGACACGACCGGCUGUCGGAUUCCUGGAUGGAAAACAGUGAUGUUGCAUGACAUGCCUCGAAACAAAUUGUGAAUGAUUGAAGACUUCAGGCGGAGUGGUGACAACAUGGCAGAUAGAAGGCAACUGUUUGUCGAAAUGAGGGCUCAAGACUUGGACUCCAUACGAUUAUCGACAUACAGAACAGCCUGCAAACUCAGAUUUGUGCAGAAGAAAUGCAAUUUGCAUUUGGUUGAUAUUUGGAACGUCAUCGAGGCUUUCCGAGAGAACGGCAUCAACACCAUGGACCUCAACGCUGAGCUCUCUGUGGCUCGUUUAGAAGUGGUACUGUCCACCAUUUUUUACCAGCUGAAUAAGCGCAUGCCCACCACCCACCAGAUCAAUGUGGAACAGUCCAUCAGCCUGCUGCUCAACUUCCUGCUGGCUUCCUAUGACCCGGAGGGCCAUGGCAAGAUAUCUGUCUUUGUUGUGAAGAUGGCCCUAGCAACCAUCUGUGGAGGAAAAAUCCUGGAUAAAUUAAGAUAUAUUUUUUCACAGAUAUCAGAUUCUGCUGGUAUAAUGGUGCACUCGCAGUUUGACCAGUUUCUGAGGGAGGUUCUUAAAUUACCCAUGGCGGUUUUUGAGGGACCUUCUUUUGGUUACACUGAACAAGCUGCAAGAACGUGCUUUACACAGCAGAAAAAGGUCUCCCUCAAUACAUUCCUCGAUACGUUGAUGUCAGACCCGCCCCCUCAGUGUCUGGUGUGGUUACCUCUCAUGCAUCGGCUCGCCAACGUGGAGAACGUCUUUCACCCGGUCGAGUGCUCCUACUGCCAUACUGAGAGUAUGAUGGGCUUCCGCUACCGCUGCCAGCAAUGUCAUAAUUACCAGCUCUGUCAGGACUGCUUCUGGAGGGGGCAUGCCAGCGGUUCCCAUAGCAACCAGCACCAAAUGAAGGAGUAUACGUCAUGGAAAUCCCCCGCUAAGAAGUUAUCCCAUGCUCUCAGUAAGUCGCUGAGCUGUGCAUCCAGCAGAGAGCCUCUUCACCCCAUGUUUCCUGAAAUGCCAGACAAACCUCUCAACCUAGCUCACAUUGUAGACACGUGGCCGCCGAGACCAGUGAACAUCGCCAAUGACUACUCACUCUCCCACUCCAUGCCUACAUCAGGGAACCCUUACUCCACCAAAAAUGUGUGUGUGUGUGUGUUCGUGUGUGAGCAUUUGUGUCUUCCCCUUUCUUCCUUGUGGUUCCCUGUGCUGAAUGUAAAUGGCUUGCCUUACAGCAAGAAUAAUGAUGUUGAGCAAAGAAAGCCCCUGACUGAGGCUGCUCCACAUCUGUUGAAAGGGAGAGGGUUGAACUACAACCUCGAUGUUGCUGAUAGACUUGCAGACGAACAUGCUCUGAUUGGCCUCUAUGUGAGCCUACUCCAAAACAACCCCAAAACAUGUUUGCUGGAGAGCAGUAACCAUCAAGAUGAAGAGCACAGUCUCAUCGCCCGCUAUGCUGCUAGACUGGCUGCUGAUGCUGCGGCUCAACAGCAGAGGAUCCCCACAGACCUCCCCUGCUCUCUGGAUGCCAACAAACAGCAGAGGCAGCUCAUUGCCGAGCUCGAGAGCAAAAACAGAGAAAUCCUGCAGGAAAUUCAGCGGCUGCGCCUUCAGCACGAGGAGGCCUCCCAGCCGCCACCUGACAGGGGUCAGCAGAACCCCACUCUUUUGGCUGAGCUAAGACUUCUCAGGCAACGCAAAGAUGAGCUUGAACAAAGAAUGUCUACUCUGCAGGAGAGUCGCAGGGAACUCAUGGUGCAGCUGGAGCAACUAAUGAUGCUUCUCAAGUUGGAGGAGGAACGGAAACAAGCUACUCAGGGUCCCGGCUCUCCACGCUCUUCCCCCAGCCACACCAUCAGCCGGCCGAUCCCCACACCGAUCCUCUCAGACUCCGCCGGCACGACCCCAACGCACACACCUCAGGAUUCACUAAUGGGUGUGGGAGGGGACGUUCAGGAGGCCUUUGCUCAGGGUCCAAGGAGAAAUCUGAGAAACGACCUGCUCAUUGCUGCUGACUCCAUCACCAACACAAUGUCAUCGCUUGUUAAGGAACUCAAUUCAGAGGGUGGAAGUGAGACUGAGAGCACUGCAGAUUCAGACUUUGGACGUGGUGACCUGUUGGCCACAACCUCUUCAGAUCCCUUCUUCACGUAUAAACCAAGAAGUGCCAGCGCUGCGGAGGAGAGCUUUGAGAACGAUCUGGAGCAGCAGCUGGAGGACGAGCUCAAGUUAGAGGAGCUAAUGAAGCAUAGGCAGGAACCAGACAAAACCUGCAUGGUGACGCUGCAGCAGUGACUGUGUUAGUCCAGGUGACUGGUGAGCAAUAUGAAAAGCAACAAUACACUGGAUGAGACGACACUGGGCUGACGGUACAGAGCACUGAAGACAUGAGGAAUUUAAGUUGAAUAAGUGGCCGAAUCCAACCAUAGAAUACAUUUAUGUAAAGAUAUAUUUUUUAACCAACCACAUAUUUAAGGUAAUACUGUGAGCUGAUGUAAAGAGAUUAAUUAGUGAGCUGUCUAUUACACCACAGGUGCCAUAAAAACCACACGACUUUGGGGAUUUAUUUCUUAUUUUAGCCUUUUGAUAUGAGUUGUGAAGCAAAUGUACAACUACACUGUUAGUUCAGGGCGGCAAACCUGAUUCUUUCAAAUUCUUUCUGCAAACAGCGAACCAGGUUUACGUGUUUGUUUGUCUUCUGAUUUAAGAUACAAACCUGGGUUGGAGGUGAAAUUAUAGAUGGUAAAAUUUGCAAUAUUUUAUAAGUGUAUAACUCCAGAUUUAUCCACUAGUCCACUGAUUUCUUACUGUUGCUGUCAAGUGGCUUUUGUAUUGUUUUUUGACUUGUUUUUCGGCGCAGGCUGAUCAGAUUUUAUUUGAUACAUUAGUGAUUAUAACGCACACAUGCCUUAGCUGAUUGGAUGACCUCUCAAAUGAGCUCAUUCAAACUGUCAAUGCAGCAUGUAGCUAACAACAAAACACACCUGUCUUCACUGGACAAAUGAGGUUAAACUCAUUAAAUCUGAUGCUGGGAGGUGAUGAAUAUGUACGCUGUCUACAUAUAAACUGUCAAUUAGAUAUAAGAUGGAUUGGUCCUGAAAGUGUUUUAAGAUACAGUGAAAAAGAUGUAACACAGAGACUUCCAAAUCACUCAAAGUCAAAGGUUUACACUGGUAAGGGCAUUGAACAAUUUGUGUUUACUGUCAAUGGUUUAUGAAUUACGGUUUUCAUUAUUUGCCAUUGUUUCAUUUGUUAGCGUCAAUGCUCGCACACACAAGUCUCUGUGUGAUUUGCACACCAAACAUACACACUCUUGAUGUAUUUUCUGAGUGUGCGUGAAACUUUAUUUGGUCACUUUGGGGAAAAGUGGCAAGCCAAUCUAAAAUCAUAAAUGUGUGAAAUAUAUCUAGUUUGAUUUUUGAGCAAGUUCAUAGCAGUGAUUUUGCAUGGUGGUGAUGCAUAAUAAAGUGUUGACACAAUAUCACAA